UCUGCCAGUCUGGCAAGCAGCGCACAGUGUUUUUGAUAUCUUACGGGAAUUGCAGCAGAAUCAUUUGCAAUUAUGCAAAAAUAUGACAAAAUGGAAAAGAUAGGUGAAGGCACCUACGGGACUGUCUUCAAGGGACGUAAUCGCGACACCAUGGAAAUAGUGGCAUUGAAAAAAGUACGCCUGGACGAAGAUGAAGAGGGUGUGCCAAGCUCUGCGCUGCGCGAAAUUUGCUUAUUAAAGGAAUUAAAACAUAAAAACAUAGUUCGGUUAUCGGAUGUUCUGCUGUCAGAUAAAAAGUUAACACUGGUGUUUGAGCACUGCGACCAGGAUCUGAAAAAGUACUUCGACAGCCUGAAUGGAGAAAUCGAUAUGGCAGUAUGUCGCAGCUUUAUGUUACAACUGUUGCGCGGCCUGGCCUUCUGUCACAGUCACAAUGUGCUGCAUCGCGAUUUGAAGCCACAGAACUUGCUCAUCAAUAAAAAUGGGGAACUAAAGUUAGCUGAUUUUGGUCUUGCACGAGCGUUUGGCAUACCUGUUAAAUGUUAUUCCGCUGAGGUGGUGACGCUGUGGUAUCGCCCACCUGAUGUACUCUUUGGUGCUAAGCUUUAUACGACUAGCAUUGAUAUGUGGUCAGCUGGCUGUAUAUUGGCCGAAUUGGCGGAUGCUGGACGUCCGUUGUUUCCCGGCUCGGAUGUGCUUGACCAACUAUUGAAAAUUUUCCGUGUGCUUGGCACACCCACAGAAGAAACUUGGCCCGGUGUCUCGCAUCUAUCCGACUAUGUGGCGCUUCCAACUUUUCCACCAAUAUCGUCGUGGAGCCAACUUGUACCAAGACUGAAUUCCAAGGGCCGUGACUUAUUGCAAAAGCUGCUCGUCUGCCGUCCGAAUCAGCGCAUCACAGCGGAAGCUGCUAUGCAGCAUCCUUAUUUUACAGACAGCUCCUCUUCGGGUCACUAGAGAGUUUAGCACACAUAACGACUGUUCAAUAUUUGAUUAGCAAUUGUACUUAUAUACAGAAAUACUAUAUACAUACUAUUUUAGGCGCGUUUCUUUUAAGUUGUACACAUAGUUUUAAUACUUAA